AUGUCCAUGGCUUCAGGCAACACCAAGGACAAGGGCGGCUACAGGCAAAUCAACAAGUCGCUCAACAUCUGCGCCUUUGAAGAUUAUCUCAACGGCCAAACAGCAGGGUUGAAGCCUAUCCCAGAUGUAGAACAAGUCACACCAAGGGUGAUGCGUGUACGAGGACAGAACCCCGGCAAGUUCACAAUGCAAGGCACCAACACCUUUCUAGUCGGCACUGGCGCUUCUCGCAUUCUCAUCGACACCUCAGGCGGUGAGCCAGAAUACGCAAAACUGCUCGCAUCCACGCUAGAGUCCCGAAACAUCAAUAUCAAAUACGUCCUCCUCACACACUGGCACGGCGACCACACAGGCGGAGUCCCAGAUCUACUCCGCCUCUAUCCCCACCUAGAAAACCACAUCUACAAGAACAUACCCGAGGUCGGCCACCGCGACAUCUCAGACGGUCAACUCUUCCACGUCGAAGGCGCAACACUCCAGGCUGUACACACACCCGGCCACGCCGAAGACCACAUGUGCUUUAUCCUCAAGGAGGAAAACUCAAUGUUCACUGGCGACAACAUCCUCGGCACAGGUACCAGCGCAGUCGAGGACUUGGGCAUCUUCAUGUCCAGUCUGCAAAAGAUGAUGGGCAAGAACUGCCAAACUGGACACCCCGCCCACGGCCAAACCAUCGGUGACCUCAACGCAAAGAUAUCAAAGGAACUCAUGUCCAAGUUCCGUCGAGAGAAGCAGGUACUUCAGGCCAUGCGCGACCUGCGAGAUGCGGGAGAGAGACGGCCAAACGUUCGAAUGAUUGUCGAUCGCAUGUAUGGAAGCUCCGUCAACGAGACAACGCGGACUUUGGCUUUGGAGCCGUUCAUCGGCGAGGUGCUACGGAAGCUUGCUGGCGAUGGUAAGGUUGGGUUUGGUGUACGGGCUGGGAGGAAGGGCUGGUUCCUGGUUCCAAAUGAACAGCAGAGUACACAGUUACGGCAUACGCAUUCGGUGUUUGUAAGGGCUAGUGCAUAG